UACAAAUGGCAAUAAUGGAAGCUCAAACUUCUCCCUCCCCUCCUUUUUCUACGGAAGGUUUGGGGCCUUGUGAACUAUCAUACUCCCAUUCAUUUAACGCUUAUAAUGAGCACAACUGGGUUUUCUGGAGCACAUGCGGCAAUGACGAAGGAGGCUGCGGGAAGCCUCAUCAUCUCUCAGCCACUGCUGACGGUGCCGUGAUUAAGGACCAGAUCAAAUGGGUUCUACAACUUGUUAUGGAAGCAAUAUCGUGGUGGCGGUGUCUAGUUCAGUUUUGGGGUUUGGUGAAGAUUGGGGACAAAACGUGUUUGACAACUCGUGACCAGCCUUUUGCUCUCCAAUACUACCACUGCAAUGUGACCAGCCUUUUGAAACCAUGUGAAUAUAGGAAGCACUGCUUGGCGUACUUAAUACCCGUCGAUGGUGAGAUUAUAAUUGGUCCCCUUGGUCGGGUGUUCCGCAGUGGGUUGCCUGAGCGUGUAUGGAAUGUGCGUGAUUACACUAUUAGAGAGUAUCCUCAACGUGAUUAUGCGGUCAGCCGUGUCGAGGAAUACUGGGUGUUGCCAAUCUAUCAUCAUCCUACUCAGCACCUCCCCAUUGGUAUACUGGAAAUUGUUUCGCCAUGUACUCUUACCAGAUUACCUCGACGUCGGGUUCUGGAGAAGCUUGAGUGUCCACCACCGGAGGUGAAUCUGACGACUACUUGUGUAAGCCCCCCUGCAGAAGUAAAUUCAUGUCAAGAUGGAGAAAUUGCUAUAAUUGACGAAGCAUUGAGCAAGGUGAGGCAAAUACGUGGACUGAGUUAUGAUGCUACUGAAACUUGGACUAUUUCUGGAGAAAUCCUAAGUCAUCAUCGUGGCGUAGAUUUUAUUCGGAAGGGACAAGGGGUAGUUGGGAGAGCAUUCUCAUCCAAAAGUGCAUGCUUUUGUAGGGAUGUAGGACAAUUAAGCAUAACAGAGUACCCGUUGGUACCCAAUGCACGACACAAUGGGGACUCUGCCUGUUUUGCAGUUUGUUUGCAGAGCUCUUGCCCAAACAAUUGCAUUUACGUACUGGAGUUCUUUUUACCUACAAAUGAAGAAGAUGAAGAUGAAGAUGAAGCAGACACUAGGGAUCCUAGGACAUUGUUGAACAGCAUAAUGGAGACAUUGAAAGAACACCUCGGAAGUUCUUUUAAGAUUGCUUCAGGACAAGAAUUGGGGCAGAAAUUGACUGUUGAGGUUAUAAAGGUCUCUCCAGAGGAUGAAUAUUCUUUUGAAAUCUGCAGUACUACUGGCACCGAAUCUCAACCUAGGCUUGAAGAAGCACAAGGAGGAGACGGAAUGAUGCAACUCGAUUUCUCAUCUCAACAAGUUGAUACUGCAAAUGCUUAUAUAAAUGUACAGCAGACUGGGAUUUUUGGAUCUCCACCUAGACCAGAGCACGAGCAGGGCCUUGUCAACAUAUCAUAUCAAGAAUUAAAUCUUGCAGCAGUUGAUGUUGCGCACAAUUCUACGAAUGGUAUUUAUGAACAGCAAAAUGGAAUUGUUAGAUCUCCAAGUACAACUGGACAGGAGCUCGUGCAAAACAUGGUCAGCAUAGAACAUGAUGAACCAAUUGUGGAAGAUCCUCAAAGAGAUGGUGCUAGUAUAGAACAGAGGGACAAUGAAGUGACUAAUUUAAAAGUGCCAAAGCCUAGUUGUACUUUAAAAAGCGACCUUGGAAUUACUCGUGAGGUUCUUGAACAAAAUUCCACGAGGAAACUUGAAGAUGCUGCAAAACAUAUUGGAGUUAGUCGAUCUACAUUGAAGCGUAUAUGUAGGGAGUACGGUAUUAAGAGAUGGCCACCUCGUAAAGCAAGAAAGGUUAGUCAAGCAUUUGCUGUACAGAAAACUGUUCAACCUUCUACGGAAGAUACUCAUGAACACCACCGGUCAGAUGCAACGAGGGUAGAAGAUGAUAAUGGCAUGUGGGUGAAGGCAGAAUAUCAAGGGCGCAUGAUAAAGUUCAGACUUCCAUUUUCUGCCCGUAAAAUCGAUUUGGAGGAAAACGUAGUACAGCGACUGAAUGUAGCCAUGGGGAGUUUUAUAAUUGAGUAUCAGGAUGAAGAUGAUGAUCGGAUAUGGAUAACCUGUGAUGGAGAUCUGAGAACGUCUAUGAGCACAUUGAGCUCAUUAGGUAGGACUACAAUCAAAAUGUAUAUUGUUGAGGACAGUCCAAGUAAGAGAGAUCAAUAGAUUUUUAAGAAUUAUAUACUGAAAAGUCGAGCAGGAGGGGAAAGGAGAGUUAGGAGCUCGGAAGGGAGCAAUAUUGAUAUCAAUAUUAUACUUUUUUUGUAUCCAUAUUAAAUAUUACUGCACUGCAUGGCUAAAGUCAAUUGAUUUUAACAUAGAGUACGCUGAACUUUGGAUAUAUAACCAAGUUAAU